GGGCUGCGUCACUGCGGCACGCAGCGGCCGUUCCCUGGCCGCGCUGUGGGGCUGCGGGCCGCCGCCAGGCCUCCGCUUCCCGCCUCUUCUCCUCACAGCGCCUUUCCCGCUCUGUGGGACCUCCUGAAAAGCGGUUAAGGCGAAGCGCUGUGGGCGCUCUGUGUCAGCCCUCUGAGCGCAGGGCUGUGCUGCUCUUUUCCUCCUUUAAAAGCCGCGUAUCGAAGCCGGUUUGGUGUUUAAAAGCUGCUCCUGUGGAGGCUUGGCGGCGUUAAGGGGAAAAUCUGAGGGUUUCGUUCAUCUUCCGUCAAAAUCUGACAGUAGAAGCCUGGGAUCUCCCAGGUCCUGCCUGCUUUAAGGAUUCUGCCAUCCCGGGGCUGUGCUGUAUUGAUGUUGUGAGGAAAGGAAGAGCUUCACGUCGUCUGCUUGGAUUUCCAGCAGGCUUUUUAAUGAGACGGCUCUCAAAUGAAGGCAGGGAGCCGUGAGGAGGUGUUUUAUUCUUAACAGCAGAUCAGAAUCUGGGCAGGAGAGAGAAAAACACGGCGAGGAGUGAAGUGGAAGCUGCACAUCUCAGCUCUGACUGCACGCAGGGAGCAGGGAUGGAGGGGUGGAAAUAAAACAUGGGGCAGCACCGUGUGAUUCCAUCAAAACAAGGGGGGUUUUGUUAGGAAUGUGAGAUGGAAGCUGGUGGCAGGCUGUAAAAUGAAGGAUGAUGCGUUAUGGGACGGCAUCCCAGCCUCCCACUGCUGUCUGUGGGGCUGAGAACUUUGGAGUUUUUUUUUUUUCAGGUUAAAAACUGCAAAAUGUGCUGUGAGCAUUCAGGGAAAAAGGAGCAGGAGCAUCACAUGGGGAGUGCUUGAGGUUGACCAAAAAGAAAGAGGUCAGAAAGGCACGCUGAUGGCAGAACCUGUGAGCCCUGGGCUUGCCAUGGCAUUCAGCUCUGUGUUUUGCUGGGGUUGCUGCUCUCUGCCUGUGCUCUCUGCCACCUGAGUGCUUGGCUUUUACUGUCAGGUUUUGAUGUGAGAUGAAAGAAACACAACAGCUUGGUUUGUGCAAACGCCGCAGAAUUCCCAGCAAUGGGAGCACGGCUAAUUGCAGGCUGCUGCUCGCAGGGAGCAGGAAAAUCACAAAGCUCUCCUGCUUGGCAGCAGUGUUGAAGGGGAUGUGAGCCCCACAUGAAAGCUCGUCUCUGCAGUUGAAAGUGUUUGCUGAGAGGAAGGUGCUGCUUGUUUGGGAGCAUUUGACGCUCCAUGAGGUUGCCCUUUGGCAGCUCUGCAUGGGUGUUGCUGUGUUUUGUUUUAAUGAACUUCAAAGACCCUUGGAUAAAUCAGAAAAACCUUCUCAGUUUAACAACAGAUGACUUUGAAGUCUCCCAUUUCAAUUACCAGAACUAAGGAAAAGUGUGAGGAACUCAGGAAAGCGGUGUUUUGUGCUAGCUGUGAACUGAGUCUUGUUUGAAUUUGCCAAUCAAGUUCUCUGUAGGUCAUGAGAAGAGUAAAAUUAAAGUUAUGAUACAUAAUUAGGGCAGAACUGGUUGUGAGCUGGAAUUUUGCAGAGGUUUUCCGUGAUGGAAAUACAUCUCUGUGCCACGUGUGGGGAGUUCAAGCAGCUCUGUGCAUUCGAUGCUUCCUGCUGCAGGUGGACAGGCUGGCAGCCUUUGCUGAACGCCCAGCUGGUUUUGCUGCAGCAUUUCCCCUGUUGUGAUGCAGCUGUGGGUGAGGCAGUGUGGUGGGCAGUCCCUGGAGGAUUGUAGAUGACUGCGGAGGUGCCUUCACCAUGGGAGCGAUAGGAGGUGGCAUUUUCCAGGCCAUCAAGGGCUUCAGGAAUUCCCCAGUGGGUGUAAACCACCGACUGAGAGGAAGUCUGGCUGCUGUUAAAACGAGAGCUCCACAGCUGGGAGGUAGCUUUGCUGUUUGGGGAGGUCUGUUCUCCAUGAUUGACUGCAGCAUGGUCAGAAUGAGGGGGAAAGAAGAUCCGUGGAAUUCAAUCACGAGCGGAGCCCUAACUGGAGCCAUCUUAGCUGCCAGAAAUGGACCUGUUGCCAUGGUUGGAUCUGCCGCAAUGGGAGGAAUUCUCCUGGCUUUAAUUGAAGGAGCUGGCAUUCUCUUAACAAGAUUUGCCUCUGCACAGUUUCAGAACGGCCCUCAGUUCUCAGAUGACCCCUCCCAGCUGCAGCCCUCUCCGUUUGGCGACUACAGACAAUACCAGUGAUCAUCCCCAUUCUGUUAGUUCGUAUUGUAGCUGAGCUGUAAUUUAAAAUGCUGGAGGAUCAGAGCACGGUAUGUCCUUACACCAGUGGUAGUCUCUUACACAAACCAUGCCAAGAGGACUUCAGCACUUGGCAGUGUAAAGCUGCACAGAACUUUUAGAAGAUGACAGAUCUAUUUAUUGGCAACAGAUUCCAUUGCUGUAACGUUAAUACAUGUCUGAUAGAAUACAUGGAGAUUUAAGAUAAGGACCAAACGGAGUCUUGUAAUCCUUUGGCCACGAGCUGAAGUGAAUGUCUGUGAAGUCUUCUCUGGGAUGUGGCAUUAACCAUUCCACAUCUGGAAUUUACUCUCCUCCCUUUUGGAUUUAGGUUGCUACGCACACUUUGGAUUUAUGUUGUUACACAAAUUUCAGCUUAAGGGAAAGUGUUAAUCUACGUGCAGGUUUACAUUCCAGAAGUGACUGUUACUAGAAUGUACAAACCAGUGAAAGCAGAGGGCUCUGUGUGGUUGCAGGAUGAAGUGCAUUGCACCUGCAUGUGUGCUUUCAGCACAGUCUGUUGGCUUUUUGCUGUGGAUUGAGUCCUCUGAAGGUAGCACGGUUCCGUUGGCUCUGUAUUUUUGUUCUUAAACUCCAGUUCUGAAGGCAUUGUUCCCUCUCACCAGCAGUUAAAAAAAAAAUUCAUAUCCAGUGGCGUUUUCUGUUGUAGGUCCUUCCUAAUAAGUGUGCUGUAUCAGGAAGUGCCAGCAGGCAAUAGCAUUCAAAGGCUUGUAGGAUUAUCCAGGACAGCUCAGAGCUUUGCUUCUGCCCAGAAAGGAUCUCUGUGCUCUGAGGUAACUGUCAGACUCAUUCAGUAGGAGAGCAUGAAAGUAACGCAGAAAUGCUCAAAUGGGUGAAUUAAGAUUGUACAGCGUGUGCAUGCAAGUGCAAGAUCCUGAACAUAAGGCUCCUACAUCCUAUAGAAGUGACAUUUUCCUCACCUGUUUCCACCACCCUGCCUGUCCCAGAGCCACUCCAGGACUGCUUGCUGCUCUGGUGCCUUGCUGGUCAGUGUUGUUACUGUUGGUAUGUCAUUUUCAAGAAUCUUUAGCACAACAGCCUUGUGUUUGUGAAGGCUUGUCUCGCUUUGCCUCUUACCUGCUUGCUCAGGUGAAUUGUAAAGGAUUGUCUCGAUUUGUUACUCAGAGUGCUUGCUUCUGUUCCUAACUGAGAGCCCAGCCACAGAGGAGUGAGCAAAUCCCUGGCAGGUGAGGGGAAACUGCAGCCGGAUCCCUCAUCAGUGCUGCACCUCCCCUGAGUAUCCAAAUCUGCAUGUUAAUCACCAGAUGUUUUUCUGUGCUCUUUACAUAGGAUUAGCACGCUGGGUGGUGUUCAGUGCUGUGUGCCUACCCUGGGAUGGGGCUCUGCAGCUCAUCCUUGUCGUGUCCCAGCACCGCCCUCCAGGCUGUGGGGCCAGGAGGUGACUUUGUUGGGGCUGGGGCUGUGCUGCCCAGGAGCUGAGCUGGGUGCAGGAGCCCCCAGCACCCCCAGCCUUUCCUGGUGCAGUCAGGGGCUGGGCACAUAGCAUCUGCUGCUCAGGGACUGUGUUUAAGCAGCACCCUGAACAUCUUGGGUGAGCUCUCCCAGCAAUGUUUGGCUGGGAGCAGACUUUGACAGGGUUGGGGCAGGCAGGGGGGUGUGCAGGAUCUGCUGCUCCCGGCUUUGAGACUCCAUCUAAGCACUGCAUUUGGCAGUGCCCAAAGCCAGGCAACAUCCAAACAGCCCCAAGAAGGGCCACCUCUACCCCCUCCUCCCUCACCCUGCUGUGAGGUUGCAGGCUUCAGCUGCUCAGGAAGAGCUUUAUUCAGCUCAGCCCUUCCCCUCUAAUCCCCCGUGACCGUCUGUGCCACACGGUCACUCACACACCUCUCUCUGCACAAGGGCAAACCCCUGAUGUGAGGUGCUGCCCUUUGCUCCCCACAUGUUACAGUGCUCCCCAGGUUACAGUGUCUGCUGGGAGCCCUGCAGGGCGAGCUGACAGCUCUCUUCCCCCUUGCUGUUCUGAGGAGAAAAAGGCAGCAGGUCCCCCUGCCCUGCAGUGCACCAUGGCUCCAGGGAAGGGUUUCCUGCCCUGUCAUCUCUGCAGCACCCACAAGCUUCCUGUUUUGGUGCUGUCCUGACUCAUUUUGGAUAACAACUUACAGGCAGCUCACAGCUGCCCCUCACACUCCUCAAGGCGCUCUCCCCAGAAGCAGCUUCUCCAUCAUCACCCCAAAAAACGAGACUGACACCACCAGCACGACACUGAACUAUUGACCUCUUUAUUUCAAUCAGCUACAGCAGCUCUACAUUCCCCUAAAACACUGUCCUUCCUUCACUACCACAGACAGCGAGGGAGCCGAGUACACUGCGGUGGCAGCAAGUCUUCUUAAAGCUUAGUAUUAAAUAUUAAAUAUUCUCUCAUUUAUGUUUACAUUACUUUGUCAAGAAAAAAAAAAAAAA